AUAAGUUGGCGACAUUUGCAGUGACUGACGUAACCAAUGAGCUGACGGAAGAAUUCAGGAGCAUUUACCUUCAGCUGGUACGAUCGCAGUUCCCUUAUGUGACAUGGCGUCUACGAGAGAAGUUUAAUGUAAAGCAGCAGCUAAAUUUGUUAAUGCAGAUUUUAUGACCAUUUAUUAUAAGUCGGCUUGUUAUAGAAGCCACAAACGUUUUCUAGAGACUUGCAUUGAUGGUAAUGCAUGCAAGGAAAACGCAACGGGCGAACGAUGGGUACUUCGAGAAGCACCAGUCCCAUCCUUAUCAGAAUUCCAAAUAUAGUUCAUCAAAAAGCUUUGGCUCAAGUGCAGAAAGGUAUGAACGGAUACGAGAUUCACCAAAUGGAAACUAUCGCUCUGAUAGCCCAGAUUCACAAUCCCCAAGAGACCGAGAUAGAUCUUAUCAAUCUAAAGGCUCCUAUCUACAGAAAAUCCGUGAAAAGGAGAGAGAAAACAGAGACUAUAAAUUGUCGAGGGAUAAGUAUUCAGAUUGUAGGUCACCUAAAGAAAAACGCAGUAGAGAAUCUGAACACAGAACAAACCACGACAGGUCUGAUGAUAAAGGCGUUUCACAUUCUAGCAUAAAAUCUCAAAGUUUAUCAUCACGAGACCGUAAACCUGUGCAUAACAAUUGUGUAGACAAGAGGGAUGAAAGAGAAAGGGUGCCACGAGUGGGUGAUUGGUCGGAACACAUCAGUUCGUCAGGAAAAAAGUAUUAUUACAAUUGUAAGACGGAGGUGUCACAAUGGGAAAAACCGCGUGAAUGGAUCGAUCGGGAAAGAGAACGGGAACGGGAACGGGACAGAGAAAGAGAUAGAGAAAGGGACCGAGACCGAGAUCGAGAGCGAUUUAGGGCACGCGAAAGGGAUCGGGAUUUCGACAGGUCAUACGGCAGUUCAAGUCGUUCUGGUACGAGGCAUGAAAAACAUUCCAACUCGCGAGGAAGCAACGGAAACAGCGCCAGCGGUGUAUCAGGCAGCGGGGCCGCAACUAGACAUUGGGGCACAGGUCGCGACGAUAACAACGGUGGAAGCAGUGGUGGUGGUGGUGGUGGGGAUAGUACGUCCUCGAGAGACACUCGAACCACCUCCAGGAAGUAUUCCGAUGACGCAGUACAGUCAACUCAGGACAUGGACAUUUCCCCAGGUGACAGCACACCCACGUCUGAGAUGUCGUAUGGACACCAUCAGGGUGUCGCUACGGCGAACGCUGCGGAACAACAACAACAACCUGGAGUGCCAGUGGCAACAUCGUCUGCGCAACCCCUUGUCGGUCCGGUACUACUUUCGGCCGCGUUGCCGCGUCUUGUAUCGCACCCGCCUGUUGUAGUCCACCAUCACCACCACUUACCCACAACGCCAACGUCUCGACCGGAGUCGUCGCCCCUUUAUAAUACGCAGACAACGUCGUCAAUGAUAAUUCCACCUGUGGCAGCCGCCCCACCUCAAUCGAUUGCGACGUCGAACGCACCCGGUCCUCCCGUAGUUGUGAGUUUACCCAGGAUAAUGUCGCAGCAAGUGGUAUCUGUACCGGCGACUGCGUCGUCCAUCGCGGCAGCUAUGGUGUCGUCGUCGCCUGCUGAUGUUAGUGACGCCAAAGGACUACAUAAUUCCGCCGCUGCGGCGGUUGCACGACAAAUAUUGUGCUCCGACGCAUCGGCUCAAUCUCAUGGUCUACAACCGCUUACGAUAGAUGUGAACCACGGUGCCGGAGCAACGGUUAGUGGACCCAUCGGUGAAGGACCCCCUACACCAACGCAUUCAGAGACUCUUGACUGCGGUAAAGCAACGGUAGUAACGACGUCGUUGGCUAGUCCUCCUGGAAGUAGCCUGGCGUCGUUACAAAGUGUGUCCAGCUCGUUACAGGCUCUCAGGCCCCAAGGACCAACCCUCACCCCAUCUCUAGCCAAUUACUAUCGGGACGACCUAGUAAAUCAUGUUAGAGGCUGGCCUGCGGAGAUACUUGAAAAGCAGGCGGAUAAGCUAGCACAAGAAGCGUUCAUUAUGAGUAGUAUACAAUGCGCCAAAGUUUCGGCCGAAUUGAAAUCGGCAAGGUCGAUAGUACGACUAACGGAAAUACAAGCGACCCUGCAGGAACAAAGGAUAUUGUUUCUCCGUCAGCAGAUCAAGACGCUUGAGGAGAUGAAGUCACAAAAUUCGUUCAUGUCGGACGACUCGUAGUGAAUGAGUUAAUAAUAAAUAAAAAAAUUAAUAAUUUUGUCGAGUGUAAAGCGAGUAUAAGUGCGAGAAAAAGAGGAAAAAAGAAUUAUUGUUAAGUGCAGAUGAUGAUGAUGAACUUGUAUGCUGUUGUUUGUAAAUUUAUAUACACACGCGUACAUAAAUACACAACACACAGAUACAUAGACAUACCUACAUACAUGUACACACACUGAUACACGAAGCAGCCGGUGUAUUUUACCAGAUGAAAGAUGAUAAUGACUAUGAUGAAAAUGAUGUUAAUUUAUUUGCAAUUAAUUAAUCUCGGGAAAGGUCGCGCGCGAGCAGCGGCUAGUUCGGCAUUUCUUUUUUAUUUUUAGGUGAAAAUUAUGAUGAACAAGUAUAAAAUAAUAUUAAUAAAAAAAGAAAUAAAAUAAAUCUUCAAAGACUAUCCGUAGUUAGAGAACCAUUGAAACGAGACUUGUAUUUGUAUUAUAUUGGUUUUUAUGUUUUAACAAAUUUAGAUGAUUCCUGUUAAAUAAACAAACAAAAAAAAUUAGAGACGCCCUUGUUUUGUAAACUUGUAUGUGUAAAUGUUCGCAUGGUCGAAAUGGAAUUAAUUUAAAAAAGUUGUAUUUUGGUAUUUAGCAUGUUCGCCUCUGCCCUCUUUUUAUGUAAAUAAAAUUAUAAUUAUAGAGAUGAAAGGAAAAUGAAAAAAUACGAAAAAACUGGAAAUUACUGUUUUAACUUUGUCGCUAACUGUUGUAGUUGUUUAGUAUUUAUAAAGGUUCACUAGCAGUGUAAAUUUUCUUAUUAUUUUUUGUUUUCUUCUAUUUACACGAUUCCUUCUUCUAAAUAUACAAUUUAUAAGGUGUAAA